UUUGGUUGAGAUUAAGCCAAUGCAGAGCUCAGCAGUUUGUGGUAGGUUGGGCUACUUUUAUUUUAAAUGCAAGCGUGAUGCGUUCAGGAGGCAAAAUCAAAAGCAGAUGUUUUUUGAAAGAUGAUUAAUCCUCCAAAAAUGACAAUGAGACAGCAAGUGUGGUAAAAGCUGCAUUGAUCGCAUUACAAUGUGUGCAGCAGAGGAGCUCCGGUCUGGCGCACUGAGGAACGCACGGACUCUCAGCGCAUCUGUCGAGCUCCCAAUGGCAAGCCAAACAACCCACGGGAAAUAAAUACAUGGUGAGGUUUGACACGUCUUUGCUAAGGGCAGUUAUUUGGACGGCGGCGUCGCAGAGAUGGUGCGCGCAGUUUGCGGCAGUCUGCGGAGAGAAGGGAACCUCGCAGGGCUUCUUCUGCUCGCGGUCGCGGGGUUCGGGCUCUGGAUGCAUGAAGUCACGGCUUUGCCUGCCUGGAGAUUUGAGGAAGAAGCUCUCAUGUCUGGUGUUUUAAUCAUUGGAAUUCAUAAAGACGCCCGCUCCCAUGUGCUUCACCUUUCCCGAAACAAACGCUACACGCUCACUCCAGAGAAACUGAAGUGGGACAAAUUCAAGCUGACUUACAAACUGCUGUCAUUUCCACGGAAUCUUUUGAAUGCCAGUGACACAAGGAGAGGCAUAGCCAAGGCCUUCUCUAUGUGGAGCGAUGUCUCGCCCUUCAGUUUUCGUGAGGUGCCAUCUGAUCAAGAGGCCGACAUCAAAAUCGGCUUUUACUCUGUAAACCACACAGACUGUCUGCAGUCCUACCUGCACCACUGUUUCGACGGCAUCACCGGAGAACUAGCCCACGCCUUCUUCCCUCAGACCGGAGAGAUCCACUUUGAUGAUGACGAGUACUGGAUUCUGGGAAACAUGCGCUUCAGCUGGAAUAAAGGAGUGUGGCUGACAGAUCUAGUUCACGUGGCUGCUCAUGAGAUUGGUCAUGUACUGGGUUUGAUGCAUUCCCAGAAUCGCAAGGCUUUAAUGCACCUCAACGCCACAUUGACAGGCCGCAAACUCAUUACUCAAGAUGAGGUUUGGGGCUUACAUCGACUCUAUGGAUGUUUGGAUCGAUUAUUUAUCUGUCCUGCUUGGGCAAGAAAGGGUUAUUGUGACAGCAAGAGGAUACUCAUGCAGAAACACUGUCCUUCCAGCUGUGACUUCUGUUAUGAAUUCCCAUUUCCCACUGCUCCGCCAACCCCAACUCCCCCACGGACAAAACACAAGUUUGUUGUGGAGGGAAAGAACCUCACCUUCCGCUGUGGUAAGAAGAUAGCAGCCAAGAAAGGCAAAAUCGAAAAUAUUCACCCCAUUAAGGUGGUUGCACACCAGACAAAAAGCGCUGCGCAGAGCCGUGCCACAGCUAGGACAAUGCACAGUUGGUAUAAAGAUGGUGAACUUCUGGACUUCUCUCAUCCCGGCUACAUUUCCCUGAAAGACGACCACAUCACUAUUGUGGCAAAUGCCAUCAAUGAGGGCACAUACACCUGCAUCGUGAGGAAGAAGAACAAGGUGCUGACCACGUACUCUUGGAGGGUACGAGUGCGCUUCUGAGGACCUGACAUAAUCCUAGAGCACAAAUUAUAUCCAGAACAUUAGCUCAGACUAGAUCCACAGCAUCAUCCUCUCAUGCUUGUCUCCUGAUUGGAAGAGAAGGCGCUGACAUCACUCAUCUCAGGAUAGCUGUCGCAUCGAGGAAACCACGGGAUCAGGGUUAAAGUUCACCACAGUACUGUGGAACAUCACUCACUUGGGCACAUAUUAAUGUCAGUUCAUACAUACACAUUGCCAAAUGUUUUAAUAUCAGGGUUUUUACUUGUGUGCGUUGUAAAUACAUUUCUUAUUUGCCAAAUAAAACAAUUUAUUCUAUCAUUUGAAGCCUUUGAUUCCUCCAGAAUGCCAACCAACGUUCAAAUCCAUUUAAAAAAAUGUAUGAAGUUUGGGGAAAAAAUGCAGUGGGGUCUAAAAGUCUGAAAACGCUGGUGAAACGGCUUCAUUCUUGAAAAUGUGAAUUUUAAUUACAACCAAUCAAACUGAAAAAAAGUACAUUAAUUUCUGAAUGUCUUACUAUUUAGUGUCUCUCUUUUGCUUUAAUGACAGCAGCACUAGAGUUGGCAUGAACAAAACCUGAUGAUUCAUGAUAUCCAGAAAUGAGAUGUUCUUAAGUUAUGUUCA